GCGUAUAAAAAACAUGACAUGUUUUUGUUUGGACACCAUCGACGAUUAAAAAUAAGAGGGCUGACUGGUAAAAAAUUCGGUAGCUUCUUUGAAUUCUUGAAUUUUUUUUUAAGCAGUUUCUAAAAAUCCAGCAAUCCCAAUCUUUUUAGUGUGAAACGGAGAAUUAAGUUAGUAAGCCUAGAUACCGUUAGAUUGAUCUAAAAGUUCAAAACUGCUGUAAACGCGCUACUACCAUUACGUUCUUUCAAUGAGAAAAUACCCACUGUAUCUGUUUAAAUAUUUGACCAAUAUAAGAAAGAAAGAAAGUGAAGAGACAAGGGAACAACCAUUUUUCUGUGCCUUUCCUGCUCUCUUUCUGUCUCUCAGAUUUCUUGGACUUGAAGAAUGCCGAAUUGGGAGCUGAAGACCUGUUGCAAGCAUGAUCAGGUCGUCUUCCUGGCGACUAUUGGAGUCUUCACAGUUGUGAUCCUUGUGCUUUGGAGGACAAUACUACUCACGCCUUUUAAGCUCAUCACGGUCUUCUUGCACGAAGCAAGCCAUGCAAUUGCUUGCAUACUCACAUGUGGCAAGGUGGAGGGUAUCCAGGUUCACGCAGAUGAGGGUGGGGUGACACAAACGCGUGGUGGUAUAUAUUGGUUGAUCUUGCCUGCAGGAUAUCUAGGUUCAUCAUUUUGGGGAAUGGCUUUAAUACUCGCAUCCACUAAUCUCCUAACUGCUCGAAUUGCUGCUGGUUGUUUGGGCGUUGCCCUGCUAGUUGUGCUUUUUGUGGCAAAAAAUUGGACACUUCGAGGACUUUGUAUUGGAUUUAUUGUAUUCCUUGCUAUAAUAUGGGUUCUGCAAGAAUUUACGAAAGUCCGUGUUCUUCGCUACGUUAUUCUCUUCAUUGGUGUGAUGAACAGUUUGUUUUCAGUUUAUGAUAUAUAUGAUGAUUUAAUAUCUAGAAGAGUCAACUCUAGUGACGCUGAGAAGUUUGCAGAAGUUUGCCCCUGCCCCUGUAAUGGGGUUGGAUGGGGAGUGAUUUGGGGAUUGAUAUCGUUUAUAUUUCUUUCUGCAUCGGUGUAUUUAGGGCUUGUCAUUUUAUCAUGAGGUCCAAGAGAUUUUCUAUCAGUCUUCCCAUAUCGGCGCGGAGCCAGCUCUCACUUAUUUUUUUAUACUCAUUGAUGAGUAGUUAGUAUCAUAGCAUUUUAGCCACACUUCAUUCUUUCAACCCUUUUAUUCUGGGUUACAGACUGUGAUUGUGAAAUUUGUACUGGACUGGUGUAUUACACUCAUAACAAAGGCUUAGAAAUGUGAUUUAAACAAUUUAUUCACAUACUGUUUGUUAUGAGA